AUGUCUUGGCGGCAGCUCGCCGCAAAGAGAGAAGGCCAGAUAAAGAACGCAUCCGGCCCUCUCCGCUGCAAGGACCGAAACUCGCAAUGGCACCGUGAUUGCCUUGUCUACAGGCACUCCAAUCUGUCGAAUGAGAAGAGUGUGUCGAAUCACGUCAAAACAUUUCGGCCCGCAGCGAGGCUAGAUUGUCGUGGGCUGGCGGAGGACGCGGAGGGCUGGGGCUGGCGGGCUGGGCGGGCGGGCAAGCACCGAAAGUCCGCUGAAUGA